AAUUCCUUUUUAUUUUUACCGUUAAACAAAUGAAGGCUUUAAUAAAAAGCGAAAAGGAAAAAGAAAAGCAGCAGCGACACCUGGAGCUCGGUCCUCCUCUUUCCGUCGUCGCGUGCGCCGGUAACCGGGGAGGGGAGGGGGCACUCCCGUCAUUCCACCGACUUGGAGGAACCACCCGUCCAGUCCCACCACUUUCCUCUUCCAGGCCCCUCCCCUGUCUCCCGCCCUCUCUCUCUUUCUCGUCUGCUCCCAUCCCACUGUUAGUACUACUUCUAAAAAGCAGUAGGAGCGGCAGAAGCGAGGAACAUUGAUGAUGAUGGAUCCCAGACUGCUCUUGUUGCUGCUUCGGAUCGCACUUCUCCUGCCUUCUUCCAUCGCUUCCUGCUCCCCUCACAGCUGCCAGCUCUUGGACCCGUGUUCGACGGCGGAUGACUGCGCCUCCGGCCUCUACUGCGGCAACUGCCCCGCCUCCGGCAAGACCCAGCCCUCCUGCACCCGAGGCCAGGCCACACUUCCCACCUCCAUCGUGAAGGGGUUGCCGUACAACAGGUACGCGUGGUUGGUGACUCACAACUCCUUCUCCAUCGUCAACGAGCCCUCAUCCACCGGCGUCCAACGCGUCACCUUCUACAACCAGGAGGACACCGUCACCAACCAAUUGAGGAAUGGCGUCCGGGGUUUGAUGCUGGACAUGUAUGAUUUCCAGGAUGAUAUCUGGCUCUGCCACUCGUUGCAGGGCCAGUGCUACAACUUCACUGCCUUUGAACCAGCAAUUAACACUCUGAGGGAGGUGGAGGCAUUCCUGACGGAGAAUCCAUCGGAGAUCGUGACUAUCUUCAUUGAAGAUUAUGUGCAUGCUCCUAAGGGUUUGACGAAGCUGUUUACGAAUGCUGGCCUCGCCAAGUAUUGGUAUCCAGUCUCGGAGAUGCCCACAAAUGGCAGGGAUUGGCCAAGCGUGACAGAUAUGGUGGCGAAGAACCGCCGACUAAUUGUCUUUACUUCCGUUGCUUCGAAGGAGGCUGAUGAAGGAAUUGCUUACCAGUGGAGGCAUAUACUGGAGAACGAGCCUGGAGAUCCAGGAAUCGUACCAGGUUCUUGUCCAAACAGAAAGGAAUCACAACCACUGAAUUCAAGAUACGCAUCUCUAUUUCUGCAAAAUUACUUCCCGACAAUCCCUUUCGAAAAUGAAGCUUGCAAAGAGCACUCUGUUGGACUUGCUGAAAUGGUUGAUGCUUGUUAUAAAGCAGCUGGAAAUAUUAUGCCGAACUUCAUUGCAGUGAACUUCUACAUGAGAAGUGAUGGUGGAGGUGUUUUUGACAUACAAGAUAGAAUGAAUGGACUCCUAUGUGGGUGUAACACGGUUACUGCCUGCCAGGCUGGGGCACCGAAGGGAGCCUGCAAGAACACUGGAUCAUCUAAUCGAACUCCCACAAUUAAUGGAGGCACCUUUUCUGGGUACGUGCAGCUGUCAGGAUCUGCUUUGAAGUUCCAGUUUUAUGAUCUGUUGGUGAUCAAUUUGCUUUCUGCUUUGCUGAUGUUAGUGUUCUCAUUGUAGCUGAUUAUUUACAUUAUGUUAUUGCAUUGUUUGUUAAUGAGCUUUUGCCUUCUGACCGGUUCUCAUGUUCA